AUGGCGAGAGGCGGCAAUAACAACAACAACUCACAACCCUCUACUAUGGAGGAGAUGAUGGCCAUGAUCAAUGGCCUACGAGAGGAGAAUGCGCGCUCUAGGGAGAGAGAGGAGGCCAUUCAACGCGAAAACGAGGAGAUUAGGAGGCGAGCGGACGAGAUGCAGGCCAGAAUAGAAGCCAGUACCAGGACGGUGGAGGAGGAUGUCAUGUUGGAAGUCCCUAGGGAUUUUCAGCCUUUCUCAAAAGCCAUAGAGGCCGAGGCCAUCCCCAGGGAUCAUCGAAUACCCCAAGUUGAGCCCUUUGAUGGAACACAGGAUCCCAGUCAGCAUCUGACAAAUUUCCGAGCCCAAAUGUUGAUCUGUGGAGGAGGCAUGGAAGUCUGCUGUAAGCUUUUCAUGGGAACACUCAAAAAGGCAGCACUCGAUUGGUUUAGUGGUCUCCCUGACCGAUCAAUCACCGACUUCGACCUCUUCAGUAGGCUUUUCAUGGCGCAAUUUGCUGCCAACAAGAAGAAACCACCGAUUACAUCAGACUUGUUCUAUCUCAAGCAGCAGCGGAAGGAGUCGCUGAAGGACUUUAUGCAAAGGUUCAAUGAGGUUGCUUUGAGGAUAGCAUCUUUGGAUGAGAGGAUGGUUGUCAUCGCAUUCCAGAAGGGCCUGAGAUCUGGAGCUUUCGACAUCGCUCUGGAAAGAGCAAAUUGGAAGACGAUGUCGGAGGUUAGAGCCUUCGCACUGAGUCACAUUAAGACGGAGGAAGGACAGAUUAGCAAAAGAGCAGCGGAAAGCCGAGAGGCGGGGGGGAGCAAUAAGGAGGGAAAUAAGCAUCUCCGACCGCGAUCGCACUGGAGUAAACGACGUGACCGUUACAACUGCAAGGAGGGCAAUUCCAGGCAGGCCGAUCACGGUGGUCGGGCAAGGGGCGAGUGGUCACGCAAUAAUGACGAAGAGAAGUUUACUCCACUCAACGUUCCCAGGCGACAGAUACUUCACGAUGUCAACAACGCAUCGUUGUUUGAAUUUCCAGCGGCGACGGAACGUCAAUUGGGACCCUUUAAAACUGAUUGGUGUGCAUUCCAUAGAGCUCAUGGACACUCCACUGAAAAUUGCUUCGAAGGAGGUUCGUCGGAUAGGCGACACAGGCGCGCACAAGAUGACACCAGGAGGGAUAGGCGUAGAGAGAGAACUCCUCCCAGAGACACGCCAACGAAGGCGUCAGAAACCUACCAGCAACCCAUUCACGGGGACUUCAAUACCAUUGCAGGGGGCUUCGCAGGCGGGGGUACUACCUCAAUUGCCCGAAAGAGGUACUCUCGGUCGGUGCUGGCAGUAUCAGAAUUCAAGCGACCAUCUCAGCCUGAGAUUUCGUUCUCAGACUCGGAUUAUGAAGGAGUAGCCCCUCGCGAGGACGACCCCGUCGUCAUAUCGGCGAUUGUUAUGGGGUACAAUGUGAAGCGUGUGUUGAUUGAUCAGGGAAGUUCCGCAGACAUCUUAUUCUAG